ACUUCGAUAAUGUGUUCAUGAGAAACGUAAAAGAAAAACAGUAGUCUUGAUUAGUUGAUAUCCAGAUUUUUUCUUCGAUUUAUUAUGCAGCAACAUGAGCAUUAAAGAUUGAAAAAAAAAUAUGUCGGACUCACCAUACAAACUAAUUUAAAUGUAGUGAAAUUUUAAUGUUUUCACGUACACAAAAAAUGACCGACGCAAUCAGGAAGCAGAAAUGUUUAAUAUGAUCGCGACAAUUAGAGUGUUCUUAUUCUGCACGAUUUCGAUUACCUCACAGAUUCUUGGAAUUUGGUGCUACCUUGUAAAAUCAUCAAUAAUUCGAUUAUGAUCUGUGCGAGGAUACGUAUCUGAUCUUACUCCAAAUCAAGUUAACUAUCGCUCAAGGUAUCACCACGAGAUUAUCCAAAAGAGAUUUACCGUUCGCAAGUGAAAGAUAAAUUUGCAUUCCAAAGUGUGCCUGGGAGAAUCUUUCCGAAUACAAGAGAAAUGGCGUUGGUGAAUUUCAGUUUGCCAUAUCAGUCGGUUACGAUGGCACCGUUUCUUUACGCGAGCUCAACCGAGGGCUACACGACUGCUCAUAGUCUUCAUUUGAACACCAUGUCACGAUCGGGAUCUACGAUGAUCGGUUACGAUGAACAAGAAAGCUUUCGUAAGGAGCCCUAUACUCCACCGAUUAGGUACCAUCAACAUCAAGGUGGUCAAUCUACGCAGAAGAAUCAUGAGGUUUAUAUGGAACACAUGUCCUUUUCAACACAAGAUACCCUUUACAAUAUGUAUAACCAGGAUCUUAGAAGCACGCGAUCAAGGCAUCAACAACAAAUAAGACCGCCAUCGCUUCCCUCAUCAUUUCAGUAUCAGCAAUCGCCUAAACACAUUAAAACUCGAAUAGAAGAUCAACAAAAUCAGCCAGAAAGACCUAUCGGGUUCUGCAAGGGAGCUGUGGGGAAGAACCGACGCAAAUCGGGAGGCACUUCGCUUCGUUCUAAGGUUCCUAACGAGCCGGGAGUUGAAUGGAGGACGAAGUGGAAACCUCAACUCGUGCUCCGCUAAACGAACACACGAGUCGAAUAUACUUAAUUUAAAGGUCCUAAACUGGAUCAGUGUGCCGGGGCGCACUUUAACCAGAUGUGCCAGUACGUCCUGGCUUUCAUGGAACUGGCUUAAUCCAAGUGUUUGGGGAGAAGGCGAAGUGCAACCGCGAGAGAGCUUACAAUAAAUACAAGGAGAUGUUUUUCAAAUUAACAAACGUGUGUUUAAUUUAAUAAUAAU